CAUUAGAUUAGCAUGACUAAACAGAAUGUGUGCACCCUUAUAUCAGGUCUCCUUAUCAGAGUCCCCAUCAGAAUGCCCUUACAUCAGGGUCCAUAUCAGAGUGCCUCCUCACAUCAAGGUACCCAUCAGAGUACCUCUUUUCAUCAGGGUCCCGAUCAGAGUGCUCUCUUACAUCAGGUGUUACCAUCAAAGUCCACCCUUAUAUCAGGGUCCCCAUCAGAGUACCCCCAUACAUCAGGGUCCCCAUCAGAGUGCCCCCUUACAUCAGGGUCCACAUCAGAGUGCCCAUUUACAUCAGGGUCCACAUUAGAGUGCCUCUUUACAUCAGCGUCCACAUCAGAGUGCCCCUUUACAUCAGGGUCCACAUCAGAGUGCCCCUUUACAUCAGGGUCCACAUUAGAGCGCCCCCUUACAUCAGAGGUCCCGAUCAAAGUGCUCCCUUACAUCAGGUUUUACCAUCAGAGCACGCCCUUACAUCAGGGUCCCCAUCAGAGUACCCCCUUACAUCAG